UCAUCAGGAUCUUUUUAUAGAAACUGACCGAGUCUCGCAUUUUUACAAAUGCCACUUCUUCAAAUCCAGUCGAUGAUAUUCGCGCUCCCUCGUCUUACAGAGAACAUAGCUGUCUUUGGGCAGUUUCGAGGACGUUUGGCAUGGUUCAUUCGAGAGUCUGUCAAGACUUUUGGGAAACUUGUCAGCGAGGGUGGUGCUUGUCUGAUGGAUUUUUCUUUUGUUGUACUUUUUUAUAUCGACGUAGGUAGACGUUCAAUGAAGUUAUUCCCUUUUCCUAUGCCUUCUAUAAGCUGGAUUUAGUUAUGCAAGGUACUUGGUCUGACAUUCUCAAAGUCCUUUUUUGGUGCUCAAUACAUGGCUGUUGCGAUGAAAAUUAGCAGGAGCUCAGUUCCUUGAAAUAGAUAGCUCCGGAGUUCAAUAUGAUACUGUAUGUUGAUGGUAAUAACAGAGAAUUGUGUAAAAUUGCGAAGAGAAAUGGAGAACAGUCUCGAGCCUGUCAUAUUGAUACUUGACC